GCCAGGGUCCAGCCCACGCCGCCUUUGCCAAUUUUGAUGCCUUUGGAUGCAGCCCGGUAGCGUCGGCAUUCGGGGGGGCAUCGGUGCCAUUCCACACCCAGCCAACAGCCGCAGCCAGUCGGACAGUCCCAGCCGGUUACAGCUUUGCAGGGGGUGCCCCGGUGAGCGGCUUCGGUGCCUCCCCUUCCAGCCACCCUGGCAGCGGGAUCCCGGACAUGGGCGGAGCAUCCAGCAGCCUCUUCGGGAGCCUGAGCCAGCCGGCGGCGCUGCCCCCGUCCGGCCCCGCGCCCGCCUACGGGGCCUACACCAACCCCUUCGCCCCGCCCGCCGCCCCGCCCGCCCGGCCCUCCACCAACCCCUUCCAGCCCAACGGCACUGCGCCAGGUUCCAGUUUUGAUGGGUUUACUGCAGCCCAAGUGGGGCAGCCGGUCGGGAUUUCCACCAAUCCCUUCAUGACGGCAGCUCCAUCCCCGCCCUUCGUCAUCAAGCAUCCAGCCACCAACCCCUUCUUAUAGCGACGCCCAGACGGCUGCUCUGGGCUGGCAGUGCCCUUCCUGUCCAGCGGGGGGCAGGCCGCUGCAGCUGCACCCCCCUCGCCAGCUUCCGACUCCACAGCCCCGACGCCGUGGGGAUGGGCUGGACCAAGUGCUUUAACUACUGCGAUGGCUUCUGAGGGAAUCGGCCCCAAUGAGAGCUGGCCCUUGAAGAGAGGCUCAGGGCCCAGCACCGAGGCAUUCUGGGACUUGUAGUCUAGGUGGGGAUUUUUCAGCAGGGCACGCUGGGAAAGUGGAUCAGCGGGUGAGCUGGCCCUUAAGAGGGUUUGGGAUUCUGCCGGGCCUUGUGGUCCAGAUGGGAACCCCGGGGGAGCUGGAGGCGGGGCAGCAAGGCAUGCUGGGGAAGGGAGCUCUCUCUGCUUCUCCUCCCGAGCAAGAGGGGCUGGGGUCCCUUUAGGGGGCUGGGUUGAGUCUGGGCUCUGCCCUGCAGGUCUGGGAUCCCUGGGAGGCUGGAAUCUCUGGGGAGCUUCAUCAUGGGGGGCUGGGAUCCCUGGGGGCCUGGGAUCCCUGCGGGGUUGGGUUGAGCCUGGGCUCUGCCCUGGGGGGCUGGGAUCCCUGGGGGGCUGGGAUCUCUGGGAGGCUCCAUCAUGGGGGGCUGGGGGGAUGGGUUGAGCCUGGGCUCUGUCCUGGGGGGCUGGGCUCCACCCUGGGGCUCUGCCUUUUAGGGGGGCUGAGCUCUCCCCCUCUGAGCUGCUCUGACCCGACCCUGGUCUGGGCUCUGCUCGAGUGAGAUUCUCCCCACCCAGACCCACUGACCGUGCAGCCCCGGCCCCUCUUCGUAGGGUGGAACCCAGGAGUCCUGGCUCCACACCACCCCUCCCCCUUGCUGUCACCCCCAUCCCUGGCCAGCUGGUUCCUUGCAGCCCCCCCAAGUCCCUGCCCCCCACUCCCUGGACAGGGGUGGGCGAACCUGGCCCUGCCUUCAGGCUCCCCCUCGCGGCUCUGGCCCGGCGGCUGCUGGCAAUCAAAUCACACACACACCCCCCAUGGGAGGGCUGCCCAGAGUAGCUGGGCGCCCCAGAUCCCAGCCCCACAACGGCAUCCCCAGCACGGACUGUCCCCCUCGACGGCGUGCGCUAAGCGGGGAGGGGAGCCCCGAUCUAGACCAGCCUGUUCUGUGGUCACUCGGGGGGAGGCACCAGACCUGCACCAUGGGCGGCCCCCUCUGCUGCCAGCGCUGGGGAGAGAACCCAGGAGUCCUGGCUCCCAGCCCCCCCUGCUCUAACCCACCAGCCCCUACUGCCCGCCGACAGCCAGGGAGAGAACCCAGGCAUCCUGGCUCCCAGCCCCACCAUUUGCUAAUUUCUUUGUCAGUUUCCUCUCCACUUGGGAUCCUUUUUCAGCCUCUCCAUCCCCAGGAGCCCCCCGAACGCUGCUGCCGAAAUCUUGGCCCUCCCGCAUUUAACCAGCCAGCUCCAGCACCCCUUUCCCCCCCAGGGUGGGAGAUCACCCCCCCUUUGCCGCUUCGGACAAGCAUCACCUUGCUCGGCUUCACACCCCCUCCUGGCUUUGCGAGGGAGGGCACGCUUCGCGCCCCGUCCCCCCCCAACAAAGCAGGGCCCCGGAGGGGCCACACUGGCAGUAUUUUUCUGAGAGAAAAGUGAACGAUCUUUUUAAUAUAUAGAGACGGUUUUGGCGCUGGAAAUUGUUCUCUCGAUUUCGCUCUAUAAAAACUAUAUUGGACCUUU